UUAUUCUCUCUGCCUACCAAGUGCAGCCCGUCGUUACUUAUUUCCUUCGGUCCCCACCUAGUAUCGUCAUGAGGGACGCAAAUGUGUUCGCACUCCGGAGGGCUUUGCCUCGGAUGAGCUGGUCUGUCAGGAAUCUUUUCAAUCUCUGGCAACGCUCCGUUGGGAACAAAGUCAUCACUUUCAACAACACCAGCAAGUCGCUCUUCCAACAGCGUUGGACAGCAAAAGCUCUCAUGCGAGCCUACCAUGGUGACUUCAUCAACGAGAAGAUAUUCAAACGUUGGUAUUUGCCCGCUACACUUCCUGACGUUCGGCCUCGCAACCGUGUGCCCGUUGCCGACACGCUGGCUUUGGAUGACUAUGCUGGGCGCAAUGAGCAGUUAGAAAGGGCAAUCCGAAGAAAAGAGGAAGAAGACAGGAAGGGACUCGCUCCAGUUGGAAGUCUGAUGAUGGCUGAGGUAGAAAGGAGGAUAGACGUCUUUAUUUUCAGGUGUUGCUUUGCACAUAGCGUUUACGAGGCAAGGCGACUGGUCAUUCACGGUCACGUCCUUCUUAAUGGUAGGAAGCACACGAAUGCCAACACCCGCCUCGCGCCGGGUGAUAUGGUGUCAGUGGAUCCUGCACGGAUUUCGUUCCUCCAGGAGCCCACGAACGAGAAAGACGGCGUCGUCAGUGCGCAAAAUACGGGUAAUAAUACUGCAGACGCUACAGAAAAAUCAUCGCCCCACUCUCCUGAACCCGCCGCUGAAGAAAGCCCCACCGAGAAACUGACACCUUUCAAUCUCCCACCCUAUGCUUCUCCAUUCAUCUUCCUCCCCGCGUAUGCCGAAGUUUCCUUCCCCACCUGUUCAGCCGUCUACGUCCGUCAUCCAACCGCUCGUCCUGGAUACAGCGAAAUCCCAACACCAUAUGAUGCCGACGGUGAGAUCGUCCGUCUCGCGUGGGAGUGGUACUCGAAGCGUCGGCCACGGAAUCGGAGCAAGUCGCAGUUGGCUAGAAUGCCUGAAAAUCGACACUAGUCAUGGCCGAGUUUUCAGCUACCUUGCGGAAUACAAGUUCUGUUUAGCUUUCAUCCUCUUCUAAGGCAGACUGACUCUCAACGUAUCACAAAUCGACAUGAUCU